GCCACUGUGUCAAUUGUCAAACACAUACUUGUGUGUCAGAAGAAAUGGGAAGGGCGCCCUGCUGUUCAAAGGUGGGUUUACGUAGAGGAGCAUGGUCGAUUGAAGAAGAUACACUCCUCACGGAUUACAUUAACACCAAUGGUGAAGGUCGAUGGCGUUCCAUGCCUUCUAAAGCUGGAUUACUUCGAUGCGGAAAAAGUUGCAGGCUGAGAUGGGUGAAUUACCUCCGGCCAGGUAUCAAGCGAGGAAACUUCACCGCCGAUGAGAGCGACAUCAUCAUCCGACUUCAUUCUAUCCACGGCACCCGAUGGUCUUUCAUAGCCACCGAACUUGCAGGUCGAACCGACAAUGAGGUUAAGAACUACUGGAACUCCAAUCUUAAACGGAAAUUAGCUAUCGACAGCGGCAACAAUGAUGUCGACGACUCCAAAAAGAAGAAAAAGAAAACGACUAAGAAAAAAACGAAUCAGAAGUCAAGGAAAGUCAAAAUCUUGGAGAAAGUAGAAGAAACUGUUCCUCAGCAUGCAUCGUCUUCUUGGCCAUUACCUUCACCGUCAGAGUCGUUAUCAUUGACAUUGAGAGAGAACAACAGUUAUUAUGACGGGGUGAUGAACAGUGAAUCACCGAGUUCAAGAGAUGCUGAUUUACUUUCGAUGGACAUGGAUUGGAGGGACUGGGUGCCAUGGAUGGAAAUGGAAGGUGAAGCAAGAACGGAUGGUGACGAUGAUCUGGAUAUACGAUUGGCCGAUGGCUUUGAUACGCUAAUGUCCAAAGAAGAAGAAAGCAAUAUGCUAGAGAAACUAUAUGAUGAGUACUUGCUCUUGCUCGAAAAUGAAGACCAAGUCUAAUCAUGUACUCUAGUUUUUUAUUCUUGUAUUAUUUUUAAAAAAUAGACUUGUUUGUUUGUAAACAGAUCUGUUACUCACUUCCCAACUGUUGAGAUACAUACCUUAUCUGCCUCCAAUUCUAUCCUUUGUUUCCAUAGUUAUCUUGCUUGCUUAUCCUAUCUAUAGACCCGAU